AUUUGCCGAUUAUCAAGCAAAUACACACUGUCAUUGUCGAACACUGACUUCUGACACGACAAAUUGAAGGUGAGCGACAAGCGUACGGGCAGAGCAUAAAGCAAAACCAACAUAGCCGACAGUAUAGCGUAUACCAUACGACGAGGGUUUCUGUAAAUGGAGGCUGUUUUGUGUUUUGUUGUUGAGCGUGAAGUGUGCAAUUGAGUAGAAAUUGUGUGUGCUUCUUUUUUUUUUUUGUUUUUUAAAUGUUUCGAGAAGCCAAUAACCAAAUAGGAAAACAAAUCGAUUUCAGUUUUAAGCAUAUACAAACAACUAACAAGCAUACAGUACGAGGCAGCAGAUAUAAAACGGGCGCAAAUUGGAAAAACAGCAACGAAGACGAAAACGAAAACAGAGCAAAACGUUUUCUCUCCUACCACCAUACUUACACCCCCGCCCCGCUAUCCCCCGCCCCGCUUACACACACACACACACACACGAGACGCUGACGCGACGCCAGUGAAAAUACAGUUAGUAGCUAAGCUUUUUAAAUACAGUUCUCGCGCCGCCAACGAGCAGAGCUUCAGGACAGUUGAGAGCAGACAUUAAGGAAACCUUGAGAGCCAGUCAUACAUACACAUACACAUCAACACAGAAGCACACGCACAGCUACACAACACACACACACCCACACCCACACACACACACACCGACACAUACAAAUACAUACACGCACACACGCACAAGCGAACGCAGCAGACGCGCCAGCCAUGAGUUCGCAAUAUUCGAAUGUGGAGAACCUGUCGCCGCAGACCAUACGGCAGGUGAUGAAGGAACUGCAGGAUAUGGAGACAACACCACCGGAGGGCAUCAAGGUGUUGAUCAAUGAGAGCGAUGUCACCGAUAUACAGGCGUUCAUAGAUGGCCCAGCCGGCACACCGUAUGCGGUUGGUGUAUUCCGUGUCAAAUUGACGCUAAGCAAAGAUUUUCCACAAACGCCGCCAAAGGCAUAUUUCCUAACAAAAAUUUUCCAUCCAAAUGUUGCAUCGAAUGGCGAGAUAUGCGUGAAUACACUGAAAAAGGAUUGGAAACCGGAUUUGGGCAUUAAGCAUAUAUUGCUAACAAUCAAAUGCCUGCUAAUUGUCCCCAAUCCCGAAUCGGCACUCAACGAGGAGGCCGGCAAAAUGCUGCUCGAACGCUACGAUGAUUACUCGCAGCGGGCGCGCAUGAUGACCGAGAUACAUGCACAGCCGGCCAAGUGCGGCGCUGGCGCCAGCGAUGCCAAAGACGAUGACGGACCCUCGACAAAGAAGCACGCGGGCCUCGACAAGAAGCUGCAGGACAAGAAAAAGGAGAAGUUGCUCAAGGAGAAAAAGCGCAUGCUCAAGAGAUUAUGAGACGCAUAAAUAAACGGAGCAGCCGCAGCAGCAGCAGGAGCUAGCCGGAGCGACAGGCAGCCGGAGAACGGAGGAGUUAAGAUGUAGUUAAAGAAACAACAACAACAACAGCAACAGCUUAUAUAUAUAUGCAUGUAUGUAUGUAUAUGUGUCUAGGAGGCCAGCAGCAGGCAUAAAUCUACAGUGGAGCCGCAAUAAAGCGAACAACAGCCGCUAAAUAAAGAUGACAGCAGCAACAGCAACAACAACAACAACAACAACAAAUACCAACUCCAAAGAAAAGUGCAUCCAGUUACAUAAAAA